AUGCUUCUUAGAUUUCUCAAAAUUCCUGGACUUGAAUAUGAAAUACUCGAGUCUUCAAACCGUGUUGGGGGUCGCAUUUAUACCUAUCACUUCACCAAAGAGAAGCAUCAGUAUUACGACGUCGGAGCUAUGCGAUAUCCGAGAAUUCAACUUAUGAAGCCACUUUUCGAUCUUUUCCACCGAAUCGGAGUGGAAGACCGCCUGAUAAAAUAUUACCAUGAUGGUAUAGACAGCGCUAAGAACACGCCAGAGCUCUACAACAACAUCCUUCAUGUCACCAAUAGUAGCAAAUCACAUCGGAUCAAAGCUGAUUCAUCUUUUGCCGAUAAAUUUCAGAAUGCUGAUAUUUACAACGUCGGUAGUGCUACUGGUGGAACAGUGCCAGAGCAGAAUGUCAUCAAAGGUGCAACAAAUAUCAUGGAUGAGAUUUAUGGUCCAUUCAGGGAUACCCUUGAUGCGGGUUUCGGAGAGGGUUGGAAUAAGUUGAUGAACGAAGAUUUCCUUUCUGCACGUCAAGUUCUUCGUCGAAGCUCUCAAUACGGAGACAACGAUACUAUCCAAUGGCUUGACACCAUGAUGUGUGAUAACUUGAUGGACAACUACAUCUCUUCUGUCCCGGACAUUGUGGCUGAUGGUGAUCGCUGGGUCUGCAUCGAAGGCGGUUCGGAAGUUAUCAUCCAAGCCAUGGAGGCUCAUCUGAAUGUCAAACCACAGCUCAAGACACGAGUCACGACAAUCUCGAUCGAUCAUACAACGGACGCGUCGAAUCUUGGUAUGCUUGUCCAAGUCGCAAGGGAAGACAACCCGCGCCGAUAUUCCACAGUUUUCAACACCACCACCCUUGCUUGCGCUCAACGCAUGGAUCUGCGCGGUGCUGACCUUUCUUUCGCUCAAAAUGAAGCUAUUCGCUCUCUAAAAUACGAUACUUCGUGUAAGAUUGCAAUUCGAUUCAAGACAAACUGGUGGAAGAAGGCAGGAAUUGUUGGCGGCGAGGCACCUACGGACCUUCCGAUUCGGCUAUGUGUUUAUCCUUCAUACAACAUCUAUGAUGAUCCUAAUCAGCCUGCUGUCAUGCUCUGCUCAUAUACCUGGUCUCAGGAUGCUCCGAGAAUGGGGUCACUUAUUGGGGAAGGGGGAGAAGGGAAAAGUGGCGUUGCGAUGUUUGCUCCUGGACAGUUUCAACGCAUGAUCCAACAUCUCAGUCGUCCUUGUGCGAACGGAAAUCUACAUUUUAUUGGCGAAGCUACUAGCACUACUCAUGCAUGGGUGCUAGGAGCUCUGAACUCAGCGUGGAGGGGAGUUUACCAAUUCCUGCAAAAGCAAGAAAGUGAAGGAGAGGAAUACCAAGAGUUCUGGCAAAGGAAAAUGGAGGCCUUAAUUCUGGAAUUUGGCGAGCCUGAUGAGCUUGAAGUCUUGACGCCACGAGGCGAACUAAUGUCUUGA